AUGACUCUAACGUGUGCAGGUCCAGGGUCUUUGAAACCAGUCAUCAUCAAGCCAAAGAGCCUAAAAAAUCUUUUCAUAUCAGUACUGGGUGAAGGUCAUACAGGAUACACGGGGCAUUACAACUACUAUGGCAUGGACCAACUAGCGAAGAGUCCGGACAUAGACUUCAGGAAGAAGACGUGGAUGUAUGUUGGUGGAUACUUCUCCACAAAUUCGUUGAAUUCCGGUCGGAAUCUGGGCUAUGACUACAAGGCUAGGGGAUACAACGCGCUUUCUCUUGACAUGUUUCAAUUCACAACAACUUAUUAUCCUCAGGCCGCACGCAUCGUACGAGCUGUCAGUAAACAUGCAGCGGAAAUGCUGGUCAAGUUGACACGCCACGGUCUUGACCCUAAGAAACUCGAAAUCACCGGCAUGAGUCUCGGUGCGCAAACCAUGGGCUUCAUAGCCAAGAACUACCGGCAGAUGACCGGACAAAACAUCUCUUUGCUCACUGCAUUGGACGGAGCUGGACCAUGCUUUAGGCAUCGCGAGCCAGACGAAAGACUGGAUAAAUCUGACGCUGAUUUCGUCGUGAGCGUCCUUACAACCAUGGACAUAUCAAGCAUAUCUGUUCCUUAUGCUCAUGUAACUUUCUAUGUAAACGGGGGAGCAUUUCAAGAAGGGGAUAUAGCGUGGCUUCCCUGUGAUGCCUUGUGUAGUCAUAUAAGGGCGUAUUUCGUCUGGUGGGCAGCUGUGGUGUAUCCUAGUGCUUUUAUAGCUGUGCGUUGUGAUACUGUGCAACAAGCUAGAGAUGGUGACUGUUACGAUUUGCAGCCAAUGGUGACGAACACUAUGGGCCUGCUUACUGACAGGAGCAGACCAGGAAUUUAUUAUCUGCGUACAAUCAAUAGGUGGCCUUAUGCUUUGGGAAGGCGAGGCUUGAGGAAAACUUAAAAAGC